AAAAUGUGUACACUCGGGCAUAGUAAAUCAUUUAGUAUUAUGACGUAAUAUAACGCCUUCUUGAUGAGAACGACAGCGCGUUUACAGUAGACUGGUAGAUUCUUGAAGGCGCAUUUUUCCAAGCUUCGUCGCCGAAGAAACUCGGAAAAGUUGCUGGCUCAGAACUCGGAUCAAUCAUACUUUUGGAAUGGAUGUAGCAAUAGUGAAAUGGGGCAAUAUUUAUGCUGUUGCAUACAAGUGGAGCAAUCAAAGGUUGCCUUGAAAGAGAAAUUUGGACGUUAUGAAGAAGUUCUUGAACCAGGGUGCCAUUGCCUUCCAUGGUUUUUGGGGAGUCAAAUUGGAGGCUAUCUUUCUUUGCGGGUACAAAAACUAGAUGUUCGUUGUGAAACAAAGACCAAGGAUAAUGUAUUCGUGACAGUGAUUGCUUCUGUUCAAUACCGUGCCCUCCUAGAGAAAGCAAGUGAUGCAUUCUAUAAACUAAGCAAUACAAGGGAACAAAUCCAAGCUUAUGUAUUUGAUGUCAUUAGAUCAAGUGUCCCAAAGAUGAACCUCGAUGAUGUUUUUGAGCAAAAGAAUGAGGUGGCUAAAGCUGUUGAAGAAGAACUUGAAAAGGCUAUGACAACCUAUGGAUAUGAGAUUGUGCAAACGCUUAUUGUGGAUAUAGAACCUGACGAAACUGUGAAGAGAGCAAUGAAUGAAAUAAAUGCAGCUGUAAGAAUGAGAGUAGCAACAAGAGACAAAGCUGAGGCAGAGAAAAUAUUGCAAAUCAAGCGAGCAGAAGCUGAAGCAGAAUCAAAGUUCCUAUCAGGACAGGGUAUCGCCCGACAACGACAAGCAAUUGUGGAUGGUCUAAGGGAUAGUGUUCUUGCUUUCUCUGUUAAUGUCCCUGGGACAACUGCAAAAGAUGUGAUGGAUAUGGUGUUAGUGACACAGUAUUUUGACACAAUGAAAGAGAUCGGAGCAUCUUCAAAGUCUUCAGCAGUGUUCAUACCACACGGACCUGGUGCAGUUCGCGAUGUUGCUGAACAGAUCAGGGAUGGACUGCUACAGGCACAGGCACAGGGUCACUGAGCGUUGUGAUACUAUUGAACAGUGGUACUCCUGAGAUAUUAUGUUAUUUCAGCUAGAGAUACAUAAAGAAGACUGUAAGCUAGUUUUACUACAUGGUUUUCAUAUUUUCUAUGUUAAUAAACAUUUGAUAUUUGUUUUUAUGUUAUCUCUGAUGUGCUGAUAGACAUGGAACAUAUAUUCAUGAAGUGUUGCUAUGUGGAUUAAGGCACAUAUGUCAGUGUUUGUAAAGUGUUUCUGCUUUGUAGGUGGUAGUGGUGUUUUUUUGUCAUGUGCAUUGGAUGUAAGGUUCUGUUAUGUACCUAGACAUUUGAUACUGUGGGGUGAUGUAAAUGUUGGCAUAUGGCAUUGUGGGGGUGAUGUAGACAUUGACAUGUGGUAUACAUCUCUUUAGCACUCCUUUAUGUAUUGAGGGAUAUAUAUAUUAGGUGGAUAUCACACCCUAUAUGUGGUGAAUAUGGUUGUACCGGAUUUUUUAUAAGUAUUGUAUAUUUUUGGCACCUCAUGAUGGCGAUGUCAUAUGAAGUGACAUUCUCUAAGAAUAAUUUAUAAUGUCGCCUUAUCAUAAGGAUUUAUUCUA